AUGAGUAGCAAGGAUGACAAAAAAGAGUCGCUUGAUCAGCUUAGCCAGCAAAACAAAGCGUCCAUCAUCUCUCAACUCGUCGAUAUCGGCGCCGAACACAACCAGGAAGAACACAAGAAAUUCCGUACCUUUGUCGAAGAACUCUGCUGUUUCCGACUCGAAAACGCGUCAGAAGCUACCACGCUGCGGCGAACAUCCAUCGACGCCUUCAGUAACCGGCGAUAUGUGGCGCUGUCGUACACUUGGGAUCCCUCAAACGACGAAAGCCAUGAGAAUAAACGCUUCUACAUCCAGGACCAGCAUACUCCCUCCUCUUUUACGCCCUCGCUCGUUCGGGACUGCGUGUUCGACCGCGCGCUCCACUACAUGCAACACAAGGACGUCGACCUGCUCUGGAUCGACCGACACAGCAUCUGCCAGGACGCGUGCCCGGGGGGGCCCGACGGCGCACCCUGCUCCCCCAGCCAUGCCGUCUGCGCUCAGAAGCGCGGCGCCCUGCAGGCCAUGGACCUCGUCUACCAGCUGAGCAAGCACCCCGUUGCGCUGCUGGGUCGGCCGAUUAAGGAUGCGCCCGAGCUCCGCCUCUUGCACCGCGUCCUGUCCGGGGACCUAGUCGACGGCCAAGAAGGAAGGAGCGGUCCCUCGCCCCGGCUCUCGCGGGGGGCGGCUUCAAUCCCCGACGCGCGCGCGGCCCUGUCGCUGCUGCACGAGAUCACGCGGGACGACUGGUGGACGCGCGCGUGGACGUUCCAGGAGAACUAUCGCGGUGGGGUGUGGAUGCAUCUCCUCAUCCGCCACCCCCCGUCGCUCGAGGACCUCAAGCUGCAGCUCAACGCGGAGAAUGCGCGAUUCGGCGCAGAGAAGGGCGGUGGCGUGCUGGGGAGUGUACCGCGCGAGCUGUGCGUCAAGUCCGUCACCUUCUCCGAGCAGGCAACCCUGCUGUGCCAGGCUCUCCGCGGGGUGGCCGUGCACCCGACAGCGGAUCAGACGCGGCAGAUCGCGGACGUGGAGCGGGCGGCCGGGAGAUACCAGCUCUUGGUCCCCAAAUCAAGCUCCAUGACCCCGCGGGUGCUCGCCGACGUCGAGUCCCGCGAGCUGUCGCAACCGUGGGACCGCCUCGCCAUCGUCGCCAACUGCUGCCGGUACCCAGUUCGACUGAAUACGGAGGCGCUCAGCCAGCGCAACCACAGCAUCAGCUUGUCUCUGUUGGCCAUGUGCCUCCUCAACGGCGAGAUCCUCGACGACGACGGCGACGACGACGACGUCGCAUCAGUGGGCGGGCUGACAGCCUCGGGAUUCUUGGAAAGGCUCAUGUUUAAGAAAUUCCAAGCACCUGAAAACGAACACCGGCGUCUUACGUUUACCAAGGGCUGCCGCCUGAACGAUGUGAAGCUGACGGCCGGGGGCAUCGUGGCCCGUGGCCACCUGUGGAAGCUGGGGCCCAUCGUCCGUACUAGGAGUUUCUCGCAGACGCUGCCGUUCGUCAAACGUCCUUACGGUCUUAUAGAGCGGGAAGACCGGAGGCGCCUGCAGCAGCUGGUGUUCCACUUAGAGGGCACCCUCCACUACGGGUUUGCCGAAAGACUGGAAGGGUACCUCGAAAGCGACGGCAGUCGCGUAUCUCGCGCCGGGGGCCAGCCCCAAUCCUUCGCCGAGGCGCAUCUUCUGACCAUGGCCAAGGAGCUGGCGGCAGCGAUCCGCGCGGGCCGAAACCUCAGGCUCGGGAGAAUCUGGGGCCGAGAGCCACCGCCCUCCGGCUAUUCUGCUAUAUUCAUCAUGCCGGAUGGAAGCCAGAACUGUGGCGCGCAGGGAAAUCCCAGGGCGCAGCCCUCACAUGUCUUCACGUCCAUGUGGCCGGGCGACGACGACUCGUCUGACACCAUCGCGCACGACACAGACUGCUACGCGUCGCUUGGGGUCGACAUUAAAGAGCCUCAAGCUGAAGAUGGCGCGCCCCAGUUACGCAUUCGGAGCUGGCUGUUCGGCAUGUGCUUUUUUAAACGCUGCCCGCGGGUGCCGGUAGUGCUUCCCUGGCCGAAAGCACUGCAAGAAAAUGCAAAGAAAUAUGAAGGCAGCUUUGCUACACGCGAGGGCUAG